AUGGCAAGUGGGAUGAUUCCUUCUCAAGUUUCCCAACUUAACAAGGAUAACUACUACAAUUGGGACAUAAGGAUGAAAGCGUUGCUCGGAUUGCAAGAUGCAUGGGAGAUCGUAGAGAAAGGCUACACGGAGCCACAAGACGAGAUCUCUUUAUUCCAAGCACAAAUGGAUAGUUUGAAGGAUGCAAAGAAGAAGGACAAGAAGGUGUUUACCCUUAUCUAUCAAACCUUAGAUGAAUGCACGUUCAAGAAAGUAGCUUGUGCUACUACGAGUAAGGAAGCAUGGGAGAUCUUGCAAAACUCCCACAAAGGAGUUGAGAAGGUGAAAAAGAGGAAUGGAGAAAAGUUGAACGACACUCGAGUAAUUGAGAAGAUACUUAGGUCUUUAGAUUCUAAAAUUCACUACAUAGUUGUAGCCAUUAAGGAAUCUAAAGAUCUAGACAGUAUGAAUGUCGAUCAACUCAUAGGUUCUUUACAAGCCCAUGAGGAAAGACUAAAGAAGAAGGUGAAAGAAGAGCCAUUAGAGCAAGCUUUUCAAACAAAGCUCACUUUGAAUGAGGGUGAAAGAAGGUUCGGGAGUAAUAGAAGCCAAAGCGGAAGAGGACGAGGACGAGGCCAAGAGUGA